AUGGUGAGAUGCAAUAAUUUGGUUGUUGCGUGGUUGGCCAACUCUGUGACCAAGGAAAUUCAUCGUACUUUUGUGUAUUCUGAGUUUACAAAGGGUAUUUGGAAGGAACUUGAGACCAGAUAUGGCCAAGCUGAUGAAGCCAGGGUCUUUGAGUUAAAAAAAGAGGUGGCUCAUAUUACUCAAGGUGACCUUGAUAUUCCUUCCUACUUCAACAAACUCAAACAACUUUGGGAUGAGUUAGCCUCUCUCUCUGCCAGUUCUGAUGAUAAGUGCACCUGUGGAGGCAGUCUUAGGUCUGAAGAAAAACAAAAGGUCUAUCAGUUUCUCAUGGGGCUCAAUGAUACUUAUGUUCAAGUCAGAAGUAACAUCUUAAUGAUCAAGCCCCUGCCUUCCAUUGACACGGUCUACAGUAUUCUUCUAAGUGAUGAGAAAUAG